AUGGCUUCAAGAGCUGCGGUUGCUGUGGAAGCCAAGUUCUCGCAAAUGAUGCGCUCUGGCGAACUCAUAUCAGCAGAUGCUCUAGCUUAUGGAUCCUUCAAAGGUGUAAGUGGGAAUGAUCAGUGUUUCUCUUAUAGGCUAUCUUCUCGCCACGCCUAUUCCUCUCAUCAAGCUCCAGCAGUGUUAAAAACUUACAAUUCGGACCACUAUCGCAUUAAGCACCUUCUCGCCAAUAAAACCUCUCCCUUAUGGAUCUCUGUUUUUUGUGCGAAACUUAAUGGAGGAAACAAGAAAGUUAUACGAACCCAUAUGGUACGAAGGGUCAGAACUGCAAUCACAGAGGCCUUGAAAAAGCAUGGUUACGACUUGUCAGGGAGAAAGGUAUCUAAUGAUAUAGGAAGGAACAAGAAGAACGAUGAUUUAGUUGGUACGAUGAUAAUAUCUACCAAAGAAGGGUCUUUGACUGCUGAGAUGGAUGUUUUGCGAGAACAAGCUGAGAUGGCCGUGGCCACAAUGAUACGAAAGUCGGGGCAGGAGCUCGGAAGUCGCCAAACAAAUCCAUAUCAGAAUUCCAAGCAACAAGGCAACGGAAUCAAUGACAUGAAAAGAGCCCAGAUGGGAUGUAGGAUGAGGGGAGGAGAGAAUGGCAUACCAGUGAAGUCGCCACAGAAGAAACCCUUAAAGAAGAACAAGGUAUUCGGUGGGAUGGGCAAUCACAAAAAUGAAAAGAAAUAG